UACGCCGAUAUCUCAUAAUCACAACCCGGCUUUAUGCGGAAUUACCAGCACAUGCCAACUAGCGUGCCCCUGGCCGCCUGAGCCCUUCCACUACUCCAUCCAGUCUCCCAGGACCCGCGACGCAGAGAGGGGACGGGUCUUUGCACCGGACGCCGCUGAAUGGCCCAUCCAAAGCGCCUAGGAAGCUUUACGCUGCCAGUAGUAGUGUGUGAUUGUGACGGAGGGAGUAACUAAUAUCAGGCCAGCAAGGUACCGUACUGUAGUAAGGUUAAAGUGUCAGAGAACCUCGUGACUGGUGGCUGUUGAGUCCCGCGGGGCCUCUCGUGUUGGAUAAAUACCCCUCGUUUCUGCCCCUCGCUCUGCCCUCUCCCUCCCCCUCUCUCUCUCUUCCCUUCACAUCGCCCUCCACCAUCUCGCAAUUUCACAUCAAUCUUCCAAUCUACUCUCAUCAUCCAAGAAAACUAAAUCAGUCACCAUGGGUUUCUGGGACGACUCUCAAGAUGCUUACGGCCAGGUCCAGAACUACGACAACCAAUCCAGCCUCGGCCACGAGAUUCUAGCUGGUGCCGCGUCCUUCGGUGCCUUCAAGAUGUUCGAGGACCACCAGCGCAAGGAGGGAAAGCCCGUCUCCCACCAAUUCGCCAAGGAGCUCCUUGCCGGAUUCGCCGGUGCUGAGGUCGACAAGUUGGCCGAGACCAAGGGAAUGGACUUCAUCGACCGUGAGAAGGCCAAGUACCAUGCCAAGCAACAGGUCGAGGGCAUGUACGAUGAGCACUACGUUGACGGCCACGGUGCUGACCAAUACGACCCCAACCAGUACGAUGCCCCCGUACAGAUCAACAACUACAACGGAUACUAGGUGUUAGUCUGUGGUUGUCAAAACGCCCCGUACUGCGGAUGAUUCAGGGCGGGUGUUUCGGUUGCUAAGGAUUACUUCACUGCGUGCGGUGAGCUCGCGCGUUGCCUCGAUGGGGUUUCUACGUUGGACUUGAUGACUUGACGAGAAAACAAGAAUAAAUACCAAAAAAAAAGGGAAACGAAAGACCCUCGACCUCU